AUGAGAUUGUUUAGGUACUUAAUAUUGUGUAUAAAAUUCAUUCCAUCGUUGUCGAGGAGGCAAGAAGUAAGAUGGGAUGCGCCAGCCAUAGAAAAACAGCACGACCCUCAUCGUUAUACAUCACCUCAUUCACUUCAUAUUCAUGAUACAGAGGAUAAAAUACCGCAGUCCUUUGAAUCACCAGAUUUUCGUAUAGAGGAACCAUUUUUUUUGCCGCAUGCAGGAAACUUUAAGGAACAGAAUCGUCCUUAUAGAAUGUCACCUCAUGUGAAAGCUGUAGGUUCGAAGUGGCAUAGGGAAGGUAUGGAGAAUGCUGGCUGUUAUUGCAAUACAGUAUACAAAAGAUUAACUCUACUUGGGGGAUGUGCGGUCAUAACUACACGACAUGUUCUCACGACAGCAACAUCCACACAUCUUAUUAUGAAAGGCCGCUACCAUUAUCCCCAUUUGGAGAACAUCUUGGGGGUCUGGCAAGACCAACAGGCCGCUACAUACCCCUCACUGGAACUUUUUAUUAUCGUUGGCUUCCAAUUCAUGUAUGCUUACAAACGCAAACCGAUGCCCUGGUUUAAAUAUGGAUUACGGACGGGAAAUAGAAAACUUUGUCCGAAGUCGGAAUGGGGUUGGUUUCUAUGCAUAGGUGUAAACUACUUGAGGUAUGGUAUUGAGAGUGGUGCGGUUUUACAUAGGGCAUUUCAAGGUCGUACGUGGAGAUACGAUGGUCUUAUAGGUCUUGGAGCAUUCUCAUCCACUCUCAGAUCAAUGGAAUUGUUACACUACUUUACAAUACUUGAUAAUCACUUUAUAUUAGACUGGCUGUUCGAUUGUUAUAGAUUAAACAAAAGGCCUGUUUGGGCCGACAAAAGAUUUCAUCAUCCUCGAGGAAGAGCUCCGUAUUCAACGGGAAAAUAUAAAAUACCAAAUUAUUUAAAACUAGGAAGACAGUCAGGUUGGGAGCCACCUUAUGAUUAA